AUGAAUCCUCAAUUACCGAAUACCGCGACCAAUGUCCCCCAAGUAACGCCAGUUUAUACUAACCAUUUCCGAGCUGUGAUCAACCCUCAGGUACAGAUACUCAAAUACACGAUCCACCUUGGUGACCUUGGAGCUCCUCGACCACCAGGUCAACCGCCAAGGACGCUAUCUAAAGAAACCAAAAGAUAUUUGAUCAACCAACUGCUAACCAAUAUAGCCCAUAAUCCAACAGCCCAUGACAAUUGGGCAUGCGACUACGACUCGAUUGUAAUCUCUGCUGGCGCACUCUAUAAUGAUUGUCACCUUACGAAUACUUCAGCGACAAAGCUCUAUGAGAGAACACAACACCAAGGUGCUAACGGAGGUAACCCUACAAUGAUGAUUGAAGAAGCUACAGUUACAUGCGAGGGGCUUGUCGAUAUCGCUGGCCUCAACAUGUAUCUGACAUCUCAACAAUGGCACUGGAUACCAAGUCAUGUCACCGAAACCUUGAACGCCAUGAAUAUCAUAUCGUGGAAGCAGGUUUAUGACCCUACUUUUCGAGGAGGAAUUGCCGGCAGACGAUUCUACCCUCGAAACGGCAAUUGUGAAGACGAGGCCCAGGCCAUGCGGAACGGUGAAGUAUUCCUCAUACGGAGAGGCUACAGCACAUCAAUGCGUCCAGGAGCUGGAAGUGUCUACCUCAAUGUUCACACCUGUGCUUCUGCUUUCUAUUCUCCGAUGCUGCUUAGUGACUGGAUACAGCACAAGUGGGGAGGUCGACGAUCCGGGUUGGUUGAAUUCCAGAGACAGUUCAAAAAUGUCAGGGUAAAGGUUGACAGUCUGGGUAACCUCAGCCGGACUUGGCGUAUAUUUGGAAUUGCGCCUGGGGAUAUUUCGACCGUUACCUUCAUUGACAGUAGUGGCACACAACAAAACGUGCAGCAAUACCUACCAACCCGUAAGUGUAACAAGACAUUUCAUACCUAUGUACAUUACUUGCUCUUUAACUUAAUCUAUUUAGAGUAUGGUGGAGUGAUCAGAAUGACAGACCACGGUAUUAAUGUCGGAAGUGGUACUCGCCAGAUUUGGUUCGCUGCUGAGUAAUUAAGAAUUUGUGAUUGGCAAAUUUUGUCCAGAACUGUGGAAGAUGGAGACAGACGUCGAAUGAUUCGUUUUGGGGAGAAAAGGACUCAUGCAAACAAAACCUUGAUCCUUGCUGCCACGCAAAACGAACUGCAAUUUGGUGGUGGAUUUUAUAAUGUAUGUCUACAAAAUAAUACCCGCUGAAGAAAACGGCUGACCAGAACGCUUUGUACCCAGAACUUCGGACUAAGGAUUUUCCCUAACUUCGUGACGCUCAACGCGACUCAGUUGGAACUCCCUGUGGUGAUGUAUUCCCACAAUCAAGACCCCCCAAUCAGAGUCACACGGGCAUCUUGGAACUUAGCCGACCCCAAAAAUAAAAACGCGCCUCCUAUACCACUACUUAGAGGAGCUGGUAGCCAGGCUUACAUAGGUAUCUUCAUACUAAAUGGUCAGAACAUCAACCGGCAGCUGGGACCUACUCUUGUAACCGCUUUAAGGCAAUACGGGGUUAUUGCUCCUGGCAAUGCACAUAUUCUCAGGUAUCAAGACGUCAUCUUACCCACCAAUGCAGGAACCAACACAUUUCGCACUGGUUGCCAAAAUUCGUUGCGUGCAGCAUACAACACCAUCCGGACUUAUAACAUAGGGGUUAUUUUGGUGGUACUGCCACAGCCUCUUCCUUUUGGAAUUUCCAGGCAAGAUUACUAUGCUGAAGUAAAAAGAUGGGGUGAUUGUGAAGUUGGUGUACCGACCAUCUGCCUUCAAGGAAACAAUUGGGACCUUACAAGUCGGCCCGAAUUCCGGGCUAAUCUCAGGUUAGUACCCGGCAAUCUCACGAGUCAUCGGACUCGAGAAGCACAAAAUAUUGACACGCUAUUAGCCUCAAGUUUAACUUCAAACUGGGUGGUGAGAAUCAUGGAAUUAAGGGCUCUCAAGGACAGGUUGGGGGAGGCGAUGGACUUGCUGGAAGCCCGGAUCAUACUAUGAUUUUUGGGGCCGACGUCACACAUCCAGGCACGCAAUCCGAGGCAACAUGCCCUUCGUUGGCGGCUGUUGUAGCUACCGAUGGCCACGGAUCCUCUAAUUAUCUAGCAUCAGGAAGGGUACAGGAAACAAGACAAGAGGUAUGUACUUUCUCUUGCUUGCAAGUUAUAAUCUCUGAUGAUGGGCACGACUAACAUCAUGAAGCGCAUUGAGGAUCUGAGGUCCAUGGUCCAAGAAAGAAUCUUGGCUUGGGUGGAUAGAGCGAAUGACGACCCCAGAAUACAAGAUGCCUAUGUUCUGCCAAAGAUGCUUCUUUUCUACCGUGAUGGUGUCAGUGAGUCGCAGUAUGAUAUGGUCCGAGAUCAAGAGGUUCCGGAAAUUCGCGCCGGUUGCACUUCUGCUCUAGCGCAUUUGAAGGCCGCAAACCAAGCUCUUUAUGUCAAAUUGAUGGGCAACCAAACUCCUGCCGACUUUCGUUACGCACUUGUGGUGGUAGUAGCUGCGAAGCGCCACAACACUCGCUUCUACCCAGUGACUACAACAGCCGGUAACAAUGUCAAUCUCACAGCGGGCAAGGCAUUCGAACAGUCAAUUCUACCACCUACCUAUGAGAGCUUCUUUCUACAGAGCCAUCGUAGUCGCCUUGGCACAGCUCGGAGUAGCUACUACGUCGUCAUCACAAAUGUCGAUCGCCAAAAUAGCCCAGUGGGACUGCCUAUUCCACGACUCCAAGAAAUUGUAAGUAGAUGUUGAUGCCUAUAAUCUCUGCAUGGUCUAACCUCUACCAAAGACAAACAAACUCUGUUAUACGAGUUCACGAACUACGAAUGGUAUUUCCAUCGCCACGCCAGCGCGCUAUGCAGACUAUGUUUGUGAUAGGCUCUGCCUUUACACGAGACCCGCUAUGGUUCGCAAAUUCCGAUUUGCAUUUCCGCUUCCUGCUGCUGCAGUAGCCAAUCAACCAACUCCGAUGGAAUAUGCAAAUGAUACUCGGCUUUGGCGCAAUAACCAAGCGACAGGACCGAACGAUAAUCCGUGGCGAUCAAACUUGAAAAAUGUCAUGUUCUACAUCUGAAUCAUGAAAUCUCUUCCUUCUAGUAGAUUUCGUCAAUUCUCAUAAUAGAUGACAAGAAGAGCGGGUGUCUUCCAUGGCAGGUACAAGGUGGUGACCGUGGUUUUGUUUGGCCUUUAUCCGUAUUUGGGUUUUUCGUUUUCCGUCACAUUCCCCCUUUCACCGCAACGCUUUCUUGCCCUGUUCAUGUUUUGUCCUUUUUAUUCUGAUUUUGAGUACUGAAACUAGGGCAUUGGGUUCUGCUUUAUUCUGGUUUUGCAUGUUUGGCGUUUGAUUUUUUUCCUGGGUUUUGAUUGGUCCGCUAAGCGAGGGAAUUUAUUCGGAAAGGGGGGCGUUAAUUUGGCGAUGAUACCAUUCAAUUCAUGUACACUAGUCUUUUUUAUGGACAAUAUUUGUUGAAGUCCAUCCCACUCUAAGUUGG